AAUAUUCACAUUUAAUAAAAAGCAAGAUGAUUUUAAAAAUUAUUGGCCCUUUUCGCAAAAAUAAAAGUUAUUUAUAAAUGAGAAUUCGAAAACAUUAUAGUAAUACUUCGGAUAGAUAACGGAUAUUGAGAGAUUUCUACUAGAUUGACAAAAAGAUGCAAACUACGCUUUUACAAAAUUAUCGUUUAUACUUUUAAUUAUGAAAUAGAAACAUUGUACGUUCAUUAAAAAUUAUAGUUUAAUAAUGUAGAUCUAUUCAACUUUUUAUAUACUGGAUUAAUUUUUCCCUAUUUUCCCCAAUAACUAUUUAAAAAAUGAUUUAUAAUUAUAGAAUAAUUGCGUAGGAUAAAAUAUUAUUAAAUCAAUAUUUUGUUACUUUGGUGACCAAACAUCAGUUUCUUAUUUCUGAUAAUAUUAAGCUAAUAUUUUUUGUGUAACUUUGAUAUAUAAACAUUAACAUUUCUGUUAAUUGUUUAAAUUAUGGCUAAGUCUGUAACUACAUAUGAAAAACCUUUACCACACAUAAGUAGGAAUAAAUUAUAAUUUUUAAUUAUUUAUAUGCAUGACAUACAAUUUCUUUAUAAUAGAUUUAGCAGAUUGGUAUGCUAAACAAUGGAAACUCCAGGAAAAUGCAGCUUUCAGAAGUGCAGAGGCAUUUGAAUUAAGAAAUACAGGAAAAAUUGUUCGCUCAGAGACAAUGGUAAAAACAAUAUGGGAUACAUACAUGAAUAAUACUCGCCUUGCAGAUAGAGUAACAGAAUUAUCACGUUGGAGAGAGUUACUACAGAAUUUGCUAGAUAAAUUAAUUGCAGAGUUAAAGUUCUUACAAGAUGAGAAAGUCGAUACAGAGAAAGAAUUAGAAACUUUAAAUUAUCCACUACAAUUAACAGCAGAAUGUAUUUCCAUGAGGGAUUGCCGUAGAGGAACAGAACUUACUUAUGAUGAAGCUGAUACAGAAUUGAAAAAAGAACUUUGUGUCAUUGAAAAUAUUAAGAAAUCAUUAACUGAUAGGGUGCAAGCUGCGUGGGAAAAAUUAAAUCGUUUAGAAGAAGUUAGAUUUCAAAUCCAAUUAGAAGUGGAAGAUAAAGAUGAAACUAUUAAAAUAGAGAAAGAAAAUCUUAAUUUAGAUCGAACAUGUGCAAAUAUUAGCUAUAAACCAAAUGCAUUAAGAACUCCAAAAGGUUCAAUACCUUAUGAAGCUUGGUUGGAACAUUGCCGUUAUAUUAAAAUGUUAGCUGAUAAUGAAUUAAGCGAUGUAUAUAAUUUACGAGAAGCUAUAAAUAUAAUGCGUGAACGUGCCAGAAAUGAUAUUAAAGCUCAGCAAGACGUAACAGAUUUUAGUUUACGGAAAAGAAUUUAUCAGACACAGAAAGCUAGGAAUGAAUUAGAAUGGCAAAAGCUUAAAAUCCAAAAGGAAAUGGAAAUUUUACAAAAAGAAAUAGUUAGACUAGAAGACGCAUUAAUGCAUAAAAUUGAUUCGAUAAAAUGUGCAGAGACAAGAUUAGAAAAUCGUACUUAUCGUCCUGGUUUUGAACUCUGUCGUGAUGAAGCUGAAUUAGGUUUGAAAGACGAAAUUUUACAUUUGCGACAAACUGAAAAAGACUUAAAAAGUGUAUUGGAAAAUUCAAAAGGGGCAUAUAAUAAUUUGGAAAGCUUACUUUUGGAAGUUGAUAGAAAUUUAGAUGAUAAACAACAUUCUUUGGCAACAGAUGUGAUGUGUUUAGAUAUGAGGGCAACAUUAAAAACAGGAGAUAGAACACGUUUGCCAAACGAAACAGAUCGUAAUAUUGUUCUUACACGUAUGGAAAAAGAGAUACCGCUUGAAUCAUGAAUGAAUUGUAAUAUUUACACAAAUCCAUUAGAAAAAACAUUCAUUCAAUAUAUAAAAUGUCUAUUUAUUGUAGUACUUUUCAGUAGUAGUUUUCAUUAUACACAAUAAACUUAUUAUUUGCAUAUGCUUAUGUGCCAGUAUUAAUAAUAUCUGGUUUGGCUUUAAUUAAACUGUAUUCUGAAAUAAACGAGUCUGUCAAU